UGCAAAUAAUCGCUAAUGACGCCGCGCGACCAUUGGUCGGUGACGCGGAAACCCACCGUCUCACUAUUAUCACUCCAUGCUCCGUGCCAAUCAUGGUGCUCGUUGUACGCGCUGACGUCAGUCUCCUCUUCCCUCAGCCAAUGGGCGUUCGCGGCUCUCCUGUACAUUAAAUACAUUGACGUUCCCUCGCUCAGGUGGACGACGCUGAAAGGAACAGAGGGGAUUGACACGAUGGAAAUAAAUAAUACGGCCCACAUCCUGGGUCCGGCUUACUUGGCGGUGGAGUAUGUGGACUCCAUGCUUCCUAGGAAUCCCUUUCAGGAGCCCCUGAGAGGUGCCUGGGACUACAUGCUGAACAACUACACCAAGUUUCAGAUUGCAACGUGGGGCUCCCUCUUGGUCCAUGAAGUCAUCUACUUCCUUUUCUGUCUGCCUGGGUUCAUCUUCCAGUUCAUCCCGUUCAUGCAGAAGUACAAAAUUCAGCAGGAUAAACCUGAGACGUGGGAAAGACAGUGGAAAUGUUUCAAGAUGCUCAUGUUCAGCCACUUCUGUAUUCAGCUGCCUAUGAUAUGUGGGACCUACUACUUCACAGAGUUCUUCAGUAUCCCCUAUGACUGGGACUCGAUGCCCAGAUGGCCCUACCUGCUGGGACAGUGCUUCGGCUGUGCUGUCAUAGAAGAUACCUGGCAUUAUUUUCUCCACAGGAUCUUCCAUCACAAAAGGCUCUACAAGUAUAUACACAAAGUUCACCAUGAGUUCACAUCUCCGUUUGGAAUGCAGGCGGAAUACGCUCAUCCCCUGGAGACCGUCAUCCUGGGAACCGGCUUCUUCAUCGGCAUCAUGAUCUUCUGCAACCACGUGAUGCUUCUCUGGGCCUGGGUCGCAUUCCGGCUGCUCGAGACCAUCGACGUCCACAGCGGGUAUGACAUCCCCUUGAACCCCCUGCACCUCAUCCCGUUCUACGCGGGGACCCGGUUCCACGACUUCCAUCAUAUGAACUUCGUGGGGAACUACGCGUCCACCUUCACGUGGUGGGACAAGCUGUUCGGCACGGAUUGGCAGUACAACAGAUACCAGAGCAAACAGGAGGAGAAGAAAACCCAGUGAAGAGUCACAUGGGGAGGGGGCGGGACUUAUUCUGGCCCCUCCCUCUCGUCGUUGCUCAGUUGACUUUACACCAACAGACAUGGCUCUGCAUGCUCACGGCAGGUUUAAUUAUGGUGAGGUUCCCAUUUGAGGUUUCCAGACCCCUGUGUUGCCACACUGAGAUUUUAAACUCAAUUAGCAUUUUUGCUAAUCUAAUUAAAAUAGUUUUGGUUAUUUUCUAAUUGCUAUAAAAAGCAAUUUUUUAUGACGUGCAAAAUUAGCACUUUGCAUUGCCUCAAUUAAUACAGGGAUAUUUAUUAGGACCGUACAUGUCAUGUAAUCAUUAUGGUACAAAUUUCCACAGCUGGUGGGCUAAUCUUUUUUGAAGAGAAUCUCUUUAACAUUAAAAUCACAGGGCUUGGUUUCUGUGCAUGGAUCC